UAAACCAAAAUACAAAGAAAAGGAUAAAAUAGUAAUUAUAGCACUAUAUUAUCCCUUUUUAUAAGCUUAGCGUCUUUGCAAACUCCUACCAGUCUCCAGAGAACUGCAUAGGCUCCGUCGAGAGGCAGUCCCAGCCAGACCUCAAGCUCACUCAAGAAGACAAGCAAAGAGGAAAAUGGAGAAGUAUUUUGGCAAUGCGUACAGAGGUGAUCCUGGUGUCCCGCACGCUGAUCCAGACCGAUUCUGGAACAUAUGGAUUGGAUCAGCUACCUUCUCAGCUCUCACCUGGUUCAAUCCCUACAUGUGGCAACUCUCUAACCAAUUCAACUGGCACGACAAAGCCAUGUUGUUUGAACAGUAUCACUGGAAGAAGGCAAUGAAGAAAGGGCAGCCUUACAAGUUUAAGUGGAACGAAUACAUGGACAAGGACCACAGAGAUUCAUACUAUUUCAACUGGCCUGUUUAUUUCCCAUAGUUUCUUACAUUGUCUCUAUAUAUAGUCAUGAACUUCCAUCUUUUAGUCAUGAACUGUGAGACCAAUAAAAUUCUUAUGGAUUUUGUUAUGACUCUAUGUUAAGUUUCAUGAGAAAGCAUUGAGCUUUAAUAGCAUAAUCUUUCCUUCAACCAUAGUUGCAGGCUUAUGAUUGUGUCA